GGCUCAAGAUGAUUUGUGCACACCUGCACAAGAAAAUCGUGCCAGCAUGUCAGGCUGCGAAGCUCCUGACUGCUUUGCUGGUGCAUGGCACUUGCACGCUGUGCAGUUUUCUGGUCGCCCUCUUUCGAGCGCUUCUCGGUUUUUCUGAAGAUUGUCCUGGCGUGGAAUUCUUGGAAGGCUGGGUGACGCACGCCCGCUCACAUGAAGCAUCCCAUGCAUUCAAGUAUUCGGUUCGCAUGGCCCUGGUGGACCUGGACGCGCCGCCGUCCUGGUGGCGCGCGGAGGCCGCGGCCGCGCCGCGGCUCUCGGCGGCGGAGGCCCGCGCCAAGGCGCGGACCGCGGGCCGGGUGCGGCUGCUGACGACGCCGGCGGCCGCCGGGUACGAGCAGAAUCCUAUCCAGAUCUAUUUCUGCGAGGAGAACGGCGAGUUCUCCCGUGGGAUUUGUGAGGUAACGAACACGCCGUGGAACCACCACGUCUUCUUCGUCUUUGAUCUUAAGGGCGCCGAGCUGCCAAAGCCGCUGCACGUGUCCCCGCUCAUGGACCUCACACACCGCUGGCGCCUACGCGCCUCCGAGCCCACAAGCACUCCGCUGGAGGUCUUCGUAGAUGUCCUUCCGGGGCUGGACCCCAAUGCCGACAAGUCGGACGCGCCGAUUUUCAAAGCCCAUCUGAAGCUUUGGCCCAGCAAGUUCUUGCGGGCACGAGCUGAACAUGCAGGCUCAUUUUCCAUGCUUUGGGACUUCGGGUUCCAGCCGCAACGCACUGCCAUCCGCAUUUACUGGAAUGCAGUGAAGCUUCUCAGAAAGGGCGUUGGUUUUCGAUCUCAUCCGCCACCGCAAUACAAGGAGGCGGUGCUGGGACGCAAGGGCCGCGCCGGCGCCGGCGAGCCCUGGUGGCGCGACAACUCGCGGUUCCCCUGGGCACCCAGGUAGCGACCCAGCCCGGGCGUGGAG